UCAAGCAAAACAAAGUGGUCCGCAGAUCAGCUCUUCUACUCAUUCUGAAAGUGCAAGGUGUCACCAGUAGAAGAAGAAAGAAAGGUGGCCAGCGGAGAGAAAGAGCAUUCGGACAUGGCUGUGCGUAUCAUACGUGGGAUGGAGGAUCUGGUGGCAUCGGGUAGCCAGCUCGUCUGGAGCCUGGCGCAUCAGACACUGAGGAGCUGGUACAAUCGUGGGCUGAUGCCAUGCAGACGCUUCCUAGAAGCCUGGUUCAGGAUUGGGAAAUGCUACCAGAUGACAGAGGGCCGCCUGUGCCAAGUUCACCUCCUUGAUGACCGCAAGCUGGAGCUGCUGGUUCAGCCCAAGCUUUUGUCCCGUGAACUGCUAGAUCUGGUAGCGUCACAUUUUAACCUGAAGGAGAAAGAGUACUUUGGAUUGUGCUUCAUAGAUGACACUGGCCAGAGCAACUGGCUCCAGCUAGAUCGUAAAGUCCUCGAUCAUUACUUCUCCAAGACUUCAGGGCCUUUGGAGCUCAAGUUCCUUGUGAGGUUUUACAUCGAGAAAAUCACCCUCUUGAAAGAGAACACAACAGUGGAGCUGUUCUUCCUAAAUGCUAAAUCUCUAGUGUUUAAUGAGACCAUUGAAGUGGAGAGUGAAAAUGUGUUCAAGUUAGCUGCGUUCGCAUUGCAGGAGGCCAAAGGAGAUUACAGCAGUGCUGAAACUGCUACAUCAGACUUGAAACAGCUACCAGUCCUGCCCACCAGGGUAUUAAGGGAACACCCGUCUCUCAAUUACUGUGAGGAAAAAGUGAUUGAACAUUACAAGAAGCUGAUAGGACUGACCAGAGGGCAAGCCAUUGUUCAGUAUCUGGCCCUGGUGGAGUCCCUGCCAACAUAUGGAGUCCAUUAUUACCCAGUGAAGGACAAGCAAGGAAUACCGUGGUGGCUGGGAGUCAGCUAUAAAGGCAUUGGCCAGUACGAUUGGCAGGAUAAGCUGAAACCUCGACAGUUGUUUCAGUGGAAGCGGUUGGAGAAUUUGUAUUUCCGUGAGAAGAAGUUUUCAGUGGAAGUGAACGACCCACACAGUAGAACAGUGACCAAGCGAACCUUUGGACAGUCUGGCCUGGUUAUUCACACGUGGUAUGCCAGCCAUUCACUAAUUAAAACCAUCUGGGUGAUGGCCAUCAGUCAGCACCAGUUCUACCUGGACAUGAAGCAAAGCAAAUCAAAGAUGACCACUACCAGGAGUUCAGGAGACAUCGCAGUAGACCUCACUGAGAUCUCCGCCCCCCGGAUCACUAAACUUUCCAGUAUUGAAAGCAAAAAUCAUCUAAUAAUGGCCAGCAAUGGAAGCCUCAUCUCAACUGGUUCUGCUGACUCUGAAGUCAGCGAGGAACAGAAGAAAGAGAAGAUCGCUGAAUUGAAAAAGAAGGAAAAGGAACUUCAAGACAAACUGUCAGCGAAACUUGAAGAACUGAAAAAGAUCUGCUUAAGAGAAGCUGAGCUUACAGGAAGAUUGCCUAAGGAAUAUCCCCUGGCCACAGGUGAGAAGGUUCCUCAAGUGCGACGGCGUGUUGGGACAGCCUUCAAACUGGAUGAUCUUUUCCCCUAUGAUGAGGAUCCACAUCUGAGGAAUCUGGAGAGUCGGUUUGCCUUGCAGCAAAAGAUUGUGGAAGCAGCCAUGAAGCUAGCCAAUGAGGCUGACCUGUGCAAGACUGUGAAAAGGAAAAGGAAACACAACUAUCUUGACGCUAUGAGAAACCUGGAAGAGAUUGAGAAGCAGAUCAACGACUACAGGGUCAAAAAAGGACAGAAACCCACUCAGAGAGCCUCACUAAUCUUACGAGAUGAUCCCCAGCCUUCAGAACUCAGCUCGCUAUCUGACAGCCUCACUCUGGAUGAUGAUGAUGAGCUUGGCUCCCAGAGGCAGCGGUCUCGUUCAGUCCAAUACUCCCCCAGACCACACCACGCAGACACUCUGGAUGCUCAUUACAACAAAGACAGACGAGCCUCUGCCAAUGACCAGCUCGCAGACAGCAGAUUAUUUGACCAAGACCAGGAAGCGCACCAUUACAGUCACAAUGACACCUUAUCGGUCUACAGCAGCCCAUGUAAAGCAGCUUCCAGGCAGCCACGUGAUGCACGCAGCAUGCCACCCACUCCCCUCCUCACCCGCAACGCAUACAGCAGCACACAGCUGAGAUCAGAGGAUUCUCCACAACACUUCCGCCAGCGUAGCGGGAGUCUGGAGUCACAGUCUCAGCUCAUGAUCGAGACCAAACCAACCAUGCCAACACUGACUGUCCCGUCAGCUCGACGCAGCAACAGCACCGAAAUGCUUGAUGACGGUUCCUCCUACACAAGCCAGUCUAGUGUGGAAUACAGCGUCCCUGGUAACCACACGCACGGGCGCAGAGUGCGUGGGCGCCACAGAAAAGACAUGUACGCCAACACGGGCAGCAUGCCCAACCUGGCUCAGCCAGACACUCGGUGCUAUGCCUACCAGCCUCGGGCUCGGCCCACCACAACAGCCUACUAUGUCACAGGCUAUCCCAACUACCCAGAACCGGAGCCUUACUCCAAUGGAGUCUAUGUUUACGACAAUGAAAUGGAGGGACACUAUAAUGUUAACCCUUCCUACCACCACACCCAAACAGCUUAUCAAAGCCACAGCGUGUAUGGUCACUACGGUAAUGACGAGAUAGAUGGUGCAUCACAGAACGUGUACGCCACGAUACGGCCAUCCAGGCAGCGUCCAGUGCCUCGAAGCAACGAACAGAUCAACAAGAACAUCCAGAAGGCCCUGGUGGCUGAACACUUGAGAGGCUGGUACAAACGUAACACUGCACAAAAACAGGCUGCGUACGACUAUGAGUAUGACAGAGGCUCCCAGCAGAGUCUGGGCUAUCCAACCACGCAUGCACCACAAGCCUACAGCAGGAACCUUUCCUACUCGUCAGUGGCCUCCAGUGGAAACUGGCACAGUCACAUGACCGGCAGUGCUAUGCUGGAAUAUGACAUGCCCGUGCAUGCACCGCAGUCUUACUCUUACAGCACAGCCCCCUACGCCCACUCCACCCACAGCAGAUCCUAUAUAGAUGUCAGCCAAAUGGACUCCCACAUCAACAGCCAAAUGCACACUAACAUGGACCCUGAAGAACAGCUUUACUGGCAUGAAGACUCAAAACCAGGAACAAUAGUUUAGCCGGAUACCUUACAACUGUGCAAAAUCUUCACCUUGACAAAACGUCACUGUGCCUUAAACUGCACUUACCUGUUUUGUAAUUUCCUUGUAAAAGGACCCAAAGAAUGAAGGAAUUUAACUUCUGUGGAACUCAGCACGUUAAAUGAAGUAUUCUCAUUUCUGUAUCUCUUGAACGCAGUUGCCAAACUGAUGCCCAUCCCUGUAUUUGAAAUCACAACAAGAACCCCAUUGGAGUGUCUAAUCAUGGGGUUGCGAGUGUUUGUAGUGAUGGGACCUGUGCACUGAAACUAUACCAAGCCCUGCAGUGGACUGAAUGGUAUAGCAAAGGGUGUAGCAUUACUCUUUAGAGAUACUGAACCAAGGACUAAAACUGUCUCUCUAAGAGGAUACCGAGCGGCAAUGAACAAAGAACAUGACUGAUCCUGUUGUGCUACUUGCACACACAUAUGAACACUGUAACCAUGAAGGAUUAGACACGGAUUUAUAAGGUCAUUAAUGAAGCACUGAACUCGUUAAAUAGGAGUCGAGAGAAAAGGCUACUUCCGGGAAUAUUCUGCAGUCACCUGAUCCACGUUUCUAUUACCGUUCCGGUCUCUACACUCGUUUGUCAUUUACAAAGUAUUCAGUUUGCUUCACUGUCAGUACUUACACCAUAAUUGAGCCAAAUGCUUAUUUGUUGCACCACUUAAGUAUUACCUGAGUCACCAGUUUCGAAUAUUACUGCCUCUGUGGGAAGACAGAAAAUCCAGUUUUGUUUUGUUUUGAACAUGGUUAUUUCAUCCAUGCUGGAAAUCAUGGACUGGUGCUCCAAAUUUCUCUCAAGAGAUUAAAACUGUGUAAAUGUUGGUAUGUAAAUACACUGGCUUAGUCUUUUUUUUAUUAUUUUAGAGCAUUUUUAUGUAUUUGAAAAGCAUGUAAUAUAUAGUAAACAAUUAUUGUUAAGCUGGUUCUUAGUAAUUUGUAUAAUUACAAUGGUUUGGAUUAAAAAAAAUUGAAUUUCCCAGU